AUGUGUCGAAAAAGACAUCGCUACAGUCAAUUGAGAAACUUGCGGCGAUAGUUUAAAAUCGAAUGCCGUCGACGUUCCUGCAUCAAUAUGCAACAAAACAAUAGUAGCAUUAAUGGUGCAAAUGAGGUUGUCGUUGCCAAAUUCAACUAUACCGCACAAGAAAAUCAUGAAUUAUCCGUGCAGAAAAACGAACGCUUGAUCUUAAUUGAUGAUUCAUGUCUUUGGUGGAAAGUCAAACGUGUCGAUUCCGAUGAUACUGGAUACAUUCCAUCAAAUUUUGCUCGACGAGAAAAACGUUCACUACUCGAUAAAAUCAUCUCGAAACGGAUCAAUAAAAAACAAACUGUCUCCAACGGAUAUAAUCAGGAACGAGUACUCUCCUUAGCCCUUGUCAAAUUUCGAUACGAUGCGGAAAGUGAAGAUGAAAUCAGUUUAAACAAAGGUAUUUGGGUAAAUGUAUUACAAAAGAAAAACGAUGGCUGGUGGCUUGUACAAUACGAAAAACAACGUGGAUGGUUUCCGUCAAAUUAUCUCAUUGAAAAAACGAAUGAUGGGUUAAAUUCUCUCUCCCUACUGAAUCAAUUGAAACAUCAUCAUUCAUCUUCAUCAUCCAAUGGCCUCUCGUCAUCCAGUAGUGCGAAUUCCAAUAUCGUUGAAACCGAUCAUCCAAAUCUACUUACGACAACAAAUAACAAUAGUCUACAACAAAAUCGUCACAAUUCUCAUCCUCCUCAUAUCACUAAUACAACUGAUGAGUACGCAUUCGUUAUAAAACCAUCAAAAUUCGCUCAUUCCGAUGGUAAACUCGAUUCAUGUUUAACAUGCAACAAUCCACAACAGAAGAAUAGCUCCUGGUCAGCUUUACUCCAAUACGAUAAUACCAAUUCAGGUUACGCUUCGUCGUCUGCUAUCAGUAAUGAUCCAUUGAAUGUUGUUGAUGGUUUGACAACAUUAACAUUAAAGUCAUCCAAAAAAUAUUUGAAUGAUUCGCCUUACGAUAACGAAAGUUGGUAUUAUGGAUCGAUAACACGUGAUGAAGCGGAGAAGCUGUUGAAAUAUGAUGGAGUCGAAAUAGGAGAUUUUCUUGUUCGAAACAGUGAACGAAAAAUUGGUCAUUAUUCUCUGAGCAUCCGGGCUGAAGAAGAGCUAAUUCGUCAUUUUCGUAUUGAAUCAAGUGAUGACGGGAAUCGCUUUAUAAUCGGUAAACGUUCAUUUAAAUCACUAAAUGACCUUAUCGAACAUUAUAAAACACAUCCCGUAUUCGAUGCUGAUCCAAAUCAAAAACUGUAUCUAAACAAACCGUUGAUUAUAAACGAUUCAAAUCAACAUUUAUAA